UAAUAAAAUAGGUCAACACUACAAGAAACGCGGGACUUAGCAGCCAAAGAUUGUCGGCUGUUGUCUCAAACCGCUGCAGCUUCAUUGAAUUGAUGCGGUUCCUGGUGCGUAAUUAAGCUCCGCUCCAAUUGUUCUGACCUGAGGCGGUUUUGGCAUUCACCGCAUCAAAUAACCCUGGAGAAGAGGGGUUUUGUUUCCCUAAGAUACCCAAAGAAAAAUUUAGUAACCAUAACACUUCAGUCUUUGGCGCGAGAACCCCAGCAGCGCAAAGGUGAGUCAAGCACUGGUCUCCUCCUCCGCCGUCGUGGCUCUUCCCUCUGUCAAUUCCAGCUUGCACGUCCGCUUCAUCGUUCUUCCCGGUCACCAGUCUCCUCCCUUAGCCAUGUAGCUCCCGUGCGCGAAGGUAAAGUGGAAGGGGUCCGAGUCUUCUCCUUCUGCCGUGCAUGUCCGUGACGUCGUCGGCGUCCUCCUCAGCCAUCCGUCCCUGUGUCAUCGUCGGCAGCCUUCUCCUCUUGCCCUGUUGUGCGUUGCCGAUCGCAAGAGACUCCCCUCUCAGUCGUAUGUUCCCCUCCAUUCUCCCAAUUUAAUUUUGGUGGCUGUUGCGGACAGGGAAGGGAGUGACCGCGGCGACGGAUAAAGGGCGCGUGCCAGACUGAAGAAAUCGGCUGUGGCUCCGUGAACGACAAGCGGCGGCCGCGGUAAUCGGAGGUGGCAGAUCCUCUCCUUAGUUCCCUUGGAUAUAUACAGAAAUUCAAAUAAUUGAAAGUGGAAGAGGUUGUCAUCACUUCAAAUUUUAUUAUUUUAGUGAAUCAAAAUGGGGAUUCAGUUCUCCAGCCUCGUGCCGUGCUGCGUAUAUUCACAAGUCAAGGCAUCUGUUAUUGAAGUUCCGCAUACUGGAAAUGAAGAUAGAAGUGAAGCCGAUAAUGGGCCUGCAUUUCGCGAAUUUACAUUUGAGCAACUUAAGAAUGCGACAUCCGGUUUCUCUGUUCAGAAUAUAGUAUCUGAACAUGGAGAGAAGGCUCCAAAUGUUGUGUAUAAAGGGAAGUUGGAGAAUCAAAUGAGGAUUGCUGUUAAGAGGUUCAAUAGGAAUGCUUGGCCCGAUUCUCGGCAGUUUUUGGAGGAAGCUAGAUCUGUUGGCCAGCUUCGUCACCAAAGAUUGGCGAAUUUGCUUGGUUGUUGUUGUGAAGGCGAAGAGAGGUUGCUUGUGGCCGAAUACAUGCCCAAUGAAACACUCGCGAAACACCUUUUCCAUUGGGAAACUCAACCGAUGAAAUGGCCAAUGCGACUGAGAGUUGUUCUACAUCUUGCAGAAGCUCUGGAAUACUGCACGAGCAAAGGACGUGCGCUCUAUCAUGACCUUAAUGCAUAUAGAGUUCUAUUUGAGGAGGAUGGUAAUCCUAGGCUUUCAACUUUUGGCCUUAUGAAGAAUAGUAGGGAUGGGAAAAGUUAUAGUACAAAUUUAGCAUUUACCCCUCCUGAGUAUCUCAGAACUGGUAGAGUAACACCAGAAAGUGUAAUAUAUAGCUUUGGAACUCUUUUGCUUGACAUUCUCAGUGGGAAGCAUAUCCCUCCAAGUCAUGCUCUUGAUUUGAUUCGAGACAGAAAUCUUCAGAUGCUGACGGAUUCUUGCUUGGAAGGACAGUUUUCUGAUGAUGAUGGAACUGAGUUGGUGCGCUGGGCAUCUCGAUGUUUACAGUACGAACCAAGAGAGAGGCCUAAUCCGAAGUCAUUAGUGGCUGCUUUGGCCCCUCUUCAGAAAGAGACAGAGGUUCCUUCACAUGAAUUGAUGGGUAUCCCGCAUGGUUCUACUUUAGCUUCAUUGUCUCCGCUCGGUGAAGCUUGUUCAAGAAAGGACCUGACUGCCAUUCAUGAAGUUUUGGAAAAACUUGGCUAUAAAGAUGAUGAGGGAAUUGCAAAUGAGUUAUCUUUCCAGAUGUGGACUGAUCAAAUGCAGGACAUGCUAAAUUGUAAGAAAAAAGGAGAUGCGGCUUUCCGGCAGAAAGAUUUUAGACUUGCAAUUGAGUUCUAUACACAGUUCAUUGAUGCCGGAACAAUGGUUUCUCCGACGGUACAUGCGCGUCGCAGUUUGUGUUAUCUCAUGAGCGAAAUGCCGCAGGAAGCGCUAGGCGAUGCAAUGCAAGCGCAAGUGAUUUCCCCUUUGUGGCACAUUGCAUCUUAUCUUCAGUAUGUUUCAUUGGGUGGACUUGGAAUGGAGCAUGAAGCACAAGUGGCACUCAAAGAGGGAACAACAUUGGAAGCCAAAAGGAGUGGACAAAAAUGAAGAGUGUGUGUUUGUACAUAACACAGUUUCAUUGCAAUGGUUAUACACAUAUAAUUAUCAUGUAUUAUUCAAGAAACAAAUGAUUGGAUGAUGAGUGUAAUUGGUGAUUGAACACCCCUACCCCUUUUUAUUGGGUAGGCUUGGAUGUUGGUUAAGUUCUUAUCCAUGAUUUGAUUUGAUUAA